AUGUCAGCUAAGGAAUUGGCAGUUAAGGAGCACUUCCUGUCGGUGCUGUUGGAAAACGAUGCGAAGUCUCCUGCUCUUGCUUGCAUCGAGACGUUACUGGAAUGCGUCAAAAAAACGAAAGCCACCACUUUGACCGAAUUAAACAAUGAGCUGAAGCUGGCAAUAAGCGUUAUUCAAAACACCGACUUUUCGUACAUGUCCGUGUCAUCUGCCGGCGAGCUAUUCCUGCGAUUCAUCUCACUGGCUGUUUUAGACAACCCGGACCAGAACUUUUCCGAGUGUCAGAAGGUACUGUGGCAUCGUGGUCAGCAGUUCUUGCGUAAAAUCUCCGCCAGCGCUGAGAAAAUUGCGCUGUUGAGCCAGUCGUUUAUGCGUGGCGAAACGAAGAUCCUCAUACAUGGGCAAAACAGCAUUAUCUUAAUGUCAUUGAUAAUGGCUGCCAAAAAGAACCAGCGCUGCGAGGUAUACCUCACGGAUUCAGAGCCGAAAAAGGACCUUGAGUUAUUCGUGAAACAGCUGCGUGCGGAAGGUAUAAACUGCACCGUGAUCCUGUUUGCAGCAGUCGGGUACAUAAUGGAAAAAAUGGAUAUGGUUUUUGUUGGGGCUGAAGGAGUGGUCGAAAACGGCGGUAUUGUGAAUAAGAUUGGUACUUUGACCGUGGCAAUUUGUGCGAAGGCAAAGAAUAAGCCCCUAUAUGUUUUGACGGAAAGUAUCAAGUUCUACAGGGUUUAUCCGCUUAAUCAAUCAGACAUGCCUGUCCAGUUCAAAUAUUUCGCUUCGGUCCUAAAAGACGAAACAAAAGACAUAUCCCGUGAACACCCGUUGAAUGAUUACACCCCGCCGGAAUAUAUAAGUUUGUUGUUUACCGAUUUAGGAAUCCUGACACCUGCUGCGGUGAGCGAUGAGUUAAUAAAGCUUUACUUAUGA